UCCCCAACACAAAUAUACUCAAAGGGUAGCCCGACGAAAACAAGGAAGUAACGAGUAUAAAGACGAGGAACUUUGAGCAAACCUUAUAUUUAUUGUCAUAUAAUCGCAGAAUUCGGUCUGUUUGUAUUCUCGUCCCCUAGAAUAUUUUAUCUGCCGUGAACAACAAUGAACAACAAAGGUUCAUAUCCACAACAAGCUGUUUACCCUCAGCAGAGCACAGCACCCGUUUACCCGCCUGCUAUGCAAGUCCCUGCUCAGGUGUCUCAGUAUCCAGAUGCCCCUCCUCCAUACUCCGAGGUUUAUCAGCCCAGAUAUAUGGCUCCCCCUCCAGCCCCUGGACAGAUGCCCCAGAUGACCUCCGCUUACCCUGGUACUCAGAUGUACAUGCCCAUGCAUGCCCAGACUGUGCCAAUGGGGGCCAUGGCUUCUAGUGUCCCAAUGGCGUAUUAUCCGAUGGGGCCCGUGUACCCCCCUGGCUCCACUGUCAUGGUGGAUGGUGGAUUUGAUGCUGGAGCUCGCUUUGGGCCAGGCACUGGUAGUUCCAUUCCGCCUCCACCUCCCGGACACCUGCCUAACGCGGCUCAGAUGGCGGCCAUGCAGGGUGCAAAUGUCAUGAUGACACAGCGCAAGGGCAACUUUUUCAUGGGUGGCUCCAGCGGUGGUUACACCAUCUGGUAACAGUGAACACCCCUCUGGGCCUGGACCGAAGCCCUCCUUCCUUCCUCCCCACCCCCUGGUUCCCUUUACCUGUUCUCCCACCCCCCCUGCCUCCUUUGGGGCUGCUUGGCUAAGCCACAAUACUGAUUUAAUCUAAUGGAAUGUAAUAUUUUAGAGCCCCUUACUCGAGGUACAAUGCGCCACUGUUGAUAUGAUUGUGUAAUAAUGCAAUUAUAUAAUGUGUAAUGCGUAUUCACAAUUAAAAAAGCGCAUGAUAAUUGUAGGUUUGCUUAUACGUGUCGUUUAAUUAUUGGUUAUAGAGGGAAGACGACUUUUAAGGUGAAAACCAGGUCAUUUUUACCUUUAGCGGAACUGGCAUACCUCUUGCAGCUUCAUUUUUGUUUUACAGUACUACUUUUGUUUGGGUUUUAGAGCCAGAGAUCAUGCCAAGAAAACUGCCCGGUCAGUUUGAUCAUCUGUGUAAUGUAGCUAUGCACUCAAACCUUUCUCUUUGAAUAGUACGCUUAACCAUGCUCAUUCAUAUCAUUAUUGCGAUUUCGCCAGAUAUGUCAAAUGCGAAUUUAAGCCGUCUAAAUCAAAGAGAAAGAUGUGUUUACAAACUGAAACAACAACAACAGUGGUGUAUUGUACCUUUGGGCAAGCUUAUAUAAAUGUUAUCAGGUGCCAAAAUCGCACCAUUAUUUAAAAGCUAAGGAAUUUAAAUAUGAAUGAACCUAAAUGCAGUACAAGAGAGUGCGAACAAGAUCAACAAAACCGGUUCAGAAAAGUUGGAUUUUUUUUUGUGGUUUCUUCAAUAUUUUCCCUCCUUUGUCGGAUACCCAGAGCUGUACAUACAGCAGUUUCACUUAGUUCAGCGUGUGUUCCAGCUCUACGUGCUUCUUCACGGAUUUUGGCUUUUUUUUUUUUUUUGGCUAAAUAAGGUUGUUUACAGAGGUCAGGGCUUAUAAUCAAGAGACUUUUUAUUAUUUUCAGUAUUUUGGCACAUCAAGCAUUACUAUUAUGUUUUUUUUCAUUGUGGGGAAGCUGCUUGUACCAAAGAUCUGGACUAGAAUGCACUAAAAGCUUUUUUUGCUUUUUGUACAUCUUCUGUCAUAUUACAUCUGCACACAGAUUCAUCCUGAAAUAAUUCAACAUAUCAUAUUUAGGCGACGGCUUUGCGAGGGUCCGGGCAGAGCACACCACUGCUGUGACUGCAUAUGGUAGGGUGUGUUUAAAAAAAAAAAAAGAAAAGAUUAAAAAAAAAAAUGUUUCUUGGUUGCAUCUUGAUGUUUCUGCAUGCACUUUUUAGUAGUUUUGUUCUUAAUAAAGAGUUUUCAUUGUUAAGUUUUUUUUUUUUUUAGAAGUACUACACAAUUAAUUUAUGUGCACUGUCAACAGGUUCUGAAAUGUUUCUUUUUGUACAUAUGCUUUUAAAUACAAAUAGGACGUGGGUUCAACUUGCUGCGUUGAUGUUUCUCAAAAGCAGCGCUUGGUAGUAGUACGUGGUAGCAUAAAUGUUUUGCGGAGAAAUUGUGCUGUUGAUUUGUACGUGUUUCACAAGGGAUUAAAGAUUUCUUCUCUCAUUCGUAAUGUGAUUUUGCAAAAAUAACCAACAUUAGAAAGAAACCUCACAGAAUGCACCGAGUUCCACCAGCAGUUGUCUCCACUAAAUUAUGCUCAUUGAAUUUAUUUCAUCUAAAACAGGGGUGCCCAAACUCGGUCCUGGAGGGCCAGUAUCCUGCAUAUUUUAGUUCCAACCCCAAUUAAACACACCCAAACCAGCUAAUCAAGCAUUUUCUAUUUAUACAAAAACUUCCAGGCAGGUGUGUUGAAGGAUGUUAAACUAUGCAGGACACUGGCCCUCCAGGACCAAGUUAGAGCACUCCUGAUCUAGAACAAUGGUCUCAAACUCAAUUCCUGGAGAGCCGCAACUCUGCAUAGUUUAGCUUUAACCAUCUCCAAAGCACACCUGCUUAAUAGUCUCUAGUAGUUUUGAUCCUCUUGAUUAGUUGGAUCUGCAGUGUUUAGGGUUGGAGCAAAACUGUGCAGAGCUGCAAUCCUCCAGGAAUCAACCUAAGAUCUAGAACUGUGUUUCUCAACCAUGUUCCUGGGGGAUCACUAGAUCUGCACAUUUCCAUGCCUCCUUAACCAAACACACCUGAAUCAGAUCAGCAGCACAUUAGCAGAGACUGAAAGACCUGCAAUGGGUGAGACAUCCAAAACAUGCAGUGUUGAUGAUCCUCCAGGAACAUGGUUGAGAAACACUGAUCUAGAAAGCAGCUUUUAUACUACUACGCAUAAGUUAGUAGCGGUUAGUUGUAUUAGACAUGACGGUAAUCUAAAAUGCUGCUUAUUUUGCUCACACAAGCUUAUUUUGCGUACACAUUGUUUUCUGACUGAAUUCAAAAAAUAGGGGAUCAUUUUUAGGCUUUAUCUUAUUUAAGUGCAUCACUGGGUAUCCGACACUGUAGUUCUAAAGGUUUUGCCCAUCUGUAAUGAAAGGAAAACCUUUUUUGGACGAUUUUUACAAACACGCCACGUAUGCAGGCAUUGCCUUAGCAUCAUUCAUAUUUUCUGUUCUUGUAGGUUUUUAGUAUAAAACUUCUGAGCUGAUAAUGCAUUUAUUUCUAGCCUGGCAUUCCUUUUUCUAACUCCAUUUCAUUUUUACUUUGCUUUAACAACAACAUAAGGCAAAAAAAAAAGAUGAAUACGAGGGCAAAGCCUUCAGAACCUAAUAUCCAUUUCAAUAUUAGCGCAGCAUUUUUAUCAUGGCAUGUGCCACCAUGUGUUUGUGUAUGCAAUGUAGCGGAUACACUGCUUAUCUUGAGCCUCAAUACCAUGACAGUCACAGAUGGUAUACGUCUUUGUGGGCACUACAGUUCAGGGAACCCUUUUCAUUUUUUUUUUCUAUAUAUAUAUAAAUAUAUAAUCAAAAAAAUUGUGAUGGGUUAUAAUGGAUGCAUACUGCAGCAUCAAGGAACCAAGGUCCUUCCUAGUUUGCUACAUGACAACAUGAUCUCCAAUGAAAAAAUGUGGUGCACUUAACUUUUUUUAUACUAAACCUUAAGUAUAAAACAAAAUUUAGAAUAAAAGCUAUUUUGAAUUUUGAA